AUGGGUGAUAGCAGCGUCGAGAGCGCUGGUAAGGCGGCUGUCCCGCCGCCGGCCGAGGUCGACGCCGAGAAGAAGUCGACUACCGCUGGGGACCAGGUCGAUAGUAAUGGCCCGGUCAAUGAGGACAAGGAGGCCAAGGAGGUCAAGGCACGACCCGAGAGAGAAGCCACAGCGGCCGACUACUUUCGCGUCUUCACCUACGCGAAGAAAUGGGACUUCGUCCUGAUGGCCGCCGCCGCCCUGGCCAGCAUAGGUGCCGGUACCACCCUGCCCCUAAUGAACGUCGUUUUCGGCAGGUUGGUUGGCGACUUCAACUCCUACUUCAGCCCGAACGCCCAGGAGGCCGACGAGUUCUCGCGACAGAUCAACCGCAUGUCCCUGUACAUGUUCGCCCUCUUCAUCGCCCGCUUCGGCCUGAAUUACAUCAACAAGUUCUGCUUCCGUCUCAUCGGCAUCCGCAUGUCGGCCGCCAUUCGCCUGCACUACCUCCGGUCUCUCUUCGGCCAGACCAUCCACGUCCUCGACUCGAUGCCCUCGGGCACCGCUGCCAGCACCAUUACGGGGACCGCCAACACCCUGCAGCUCGGAAUUUCGGAGAAGUUGGGCACCUUCCUCGAAUUCACCUCGACCAUCGUCACCGCCAUCAUCGUCGCGUUCACAUACAGCUGGUCCUUGACUUUGGUGACCGCGUCCGUCAUCCUCUUCAUCUCGCUUGUGCUCUCUAUUCUCUUGCCCUUUAUCAUCAAGGGGCAGACGAGACUCACCCGAGCCGAUGCCAAGGGCACCUCGGUAGCCACCGAAGCCUUCAGUACCAUCCGCAUGAUCACCGCAUGCGGCGCCCAGGACCGGAUGAGCCAGCGAUAUGCCGAGUGGGUAGCCAAGGCAAAGGAUGCCGUUCAGUUUAGCGCUCCGUUCAUGUCGGUCCAGUUCGGUGCUGUCUUCUUCGGUCUGUACGGUGCCUUCGCACUGGCGUUCUGGUUUGGCAUGAAAUCCUAUAUCGAGGGCCGCCUCGAGGGCAUCGCAACCAUCCUGAUCGUCCUGAUGUCUGUCAUGCUCAUGGUCAUCUCCCUGGAGCGCAUUUCGACCCCGCUAAUCGCUGUCUCCAAGGCCAUGGUGGCUGCCGCCGAAUUCUUCGCCGUCAUCGAUGCGCCGAAGCCGAACAUGGGCACGUUGAAAGAGCCCGACGUCUCGGCCGAGCAGGACAUUGUGUUUGAGGACGUCCACUUCGCCUACCCGAGCCGCCCGUCUAAGAAGGUCCUCGACGGCCUAAAUCUCCGCAUCGGUGCCAACCUCAAUACGGCCAUCGGGAGAACGAACCGAGAAGAGGUCAAGCGCCAACUCGUCAAAGAGGCCUGUGUCCCAGUAGGCGACUCGGGUGCCAAGUUGAGCGGUGGCCAGCGCCAGCGGAUUGCCAUCGCCCGAAGCAUCAUCAAGAAACCCAAAAUCCUUAUCCUCGACGAAGCCACCUCGGCCAUCGAUGUCCGCGGAGAGCGGAUCGUGCAGGCGGCGCUAGAGAGGGCCUCCAAGGGCCGCACCACUGUCACCAUCGCCCACCGCCUGUCCACCAUCAAGAACGCCGACCGCAUCUGUGUCUUGCAGAACGGGGUAGUCGCUGAGGAAGGGACUCAUGACAGCCUUCUUGAGAACGAAUUAGGGGUCUACUACGGCCUCGUCAAUGCGCAGAAGUUGUCGCUUGGCGAUGAGACGGGCGAGGAGCUCCUCCACGACGAAGACAUCGGCGCCAUUCUUGCCCGCGAAAAGAGCGCGGCCAAGUCGGUCGCCGAGAGCGCGAAGCAGGAAGCCAAAUGGAAGGACCGAAACGUCUUCAACGGUUUCGGGAAGCUUAUCUUGGAGCAGCGAAGCCGCGACCCGCAGGCGCUGAAGGAGCUGCUUGGCAUCAACCUUAUGAUGCUGCUUGUCGGCAUCUUUUCCCUCAUUGGGGCGCUCGCCAUCUCGUUUGCGUACGGCUGGAAGCUCGCCCUCGUCGCCCUCUGUGUGACAGUGCCCCUUGGCGUCCUGGCCGGCUUCUUCCGGGUCCGGUACGAGCUGCAAUUCAACGCCAUGAACGAACAAGUGUUCCAAGAGAGCUCCAAGUUCGGUGCCGAGGCCAUCGGUGCUUUCCGGACUGUCAGCGCCCUCGUCAUGGAGGACAACAUCUGUGACCGGUAUCAGAAUCUGCUCAGCGGCCAUGUCUGGGCGGCGUAUAGAAAGGCCCGAUUCACUACCAUCGUCUUUGCCUUCGCCGACAGCGCCAGCUUGGGCUGUCAGGCGCUUAUCUUCUGGUAUGGCGGCCAGCUGCUCCUCAGUCGGGAGGACGACGCCUCGCAAUCCAAGGAUCAGAUUACCGACACGGACGGCGGCGUUAAGAUCGAACUCAAGGAUGUUCACUUCAAGUACCCCACGCGCGACGUCUCCAUUUUCAAGGGCCUCAACAUCACCAUCGAGAAGGGGCAAUUCGCGGCGCUGGUCGGCGCAUCCGGGUCCGGCAAGACAUCCAUUGUCAGUCUCCUGGAGCGGUUCUACGACGUGUCCAAGGGCCAGAUCCUGUUCAACGGCAAGGACAUUACCGACGUCAACGUGUAUGAGUACCGCAAGCUGCUGUCGCUUGUGGCGCAGGAGUCGUCGCUAUUCCACGGCACCAUCCGCGAGAAUCUGUUGCUGGGCGUCGACCCGUCGACUAUCACGGACGAGCAGCUGCAUCAGUGCUGCCGCGACGCCAGCAUCCACGAAUUCAUCAUGUCCUUGCCCGACGGGUACAACACCAACAUUGGCAGCCGCGGUGUCAGCCUUAGUGGCGGGCAGAAGCAGCGUGUGUCGAUCGCUCGCGCCCUCAUCCGGAACCCCCGCGUGCUGCUGCUAGACGAGGCCACUAGUUCGCUCGACUCUGAGAGCGAGAAACUUGUGCAGGCCGCUUUCGAACGGGUCGCCAAGGGCCGAACCACGGUCGCGGUAGCGCACCGGCUCGCCACGAUCCAAAAGGCCGACAUCAUCUACGUGCUUGGCGAGGGCAAGGUGCUCGAGAAGGGCACGCACGCCGAGCUUCUCAAGCAGAAGGGCGUGUAUUGGCAUAUGUGUCACAACCAAGCGCUCGACAGGUAG